AAUUGUACUGCCGAAAGUUUUUCUUAGCUUUGAACCGCGUGACACUGUCUGUUAAAAAACUCCAGCUGUAGUGUGACGACUUAGACACGCGCCACAAUCUACAGAGUAUCCACGCGGACCCGGAGCUGUCCUGGUUUUUUCGGCUGAUUUGGUGUGUGUGAGUCUGGUGUGAUGGGGGACCGGAGCCGGUUGUGCUCCGUGUGGCUCGGCUCGGAGACCGGGAUCCUGAAGGGGGUCAGCCUGUCCCGGAAACAGGCCUUCAACUUCUGCAACACGAGCCACCUGAGCCGAGACCAGGAGGUCCGCGCGCUGUGCUGGGGGGACGCGGCGGAGAGCGAGCUGCUGGUGGGCUGCGUGGACGCCACCGUGAAGACGUUCAGCGUGGAAAAGGGCGCGUUCACCGAGAGCCGGAGCUGCGGGGACCCGGCGGAGGGCUGCUUCUCCGGGCUAGCGGCGCUGGGCGGCGGCGCACUGGUCACCUGCGCGGAGAGCGGCGCGCUGCGCGUGUGGAGGGAAGAGGGCGGCGACGAGCCCGUGACACAGGUGGACGCCGGGAAGAACGUGUGCAGGAUGCGGCAGAGCCCGGCGAACCCAAACAAGGUGGCCACCGGAGGGAAGGAGAACGGCCUGAAGAUCUGGGACCUCCAGAGGCCCGAGCAGCCCGCGUUCAGCGCCAAGAACCUCCGGGACGACUGGCUGGACCUCCGGCGGCCCUACUGGGUCCGGGACAUGGCCUUCAUCCCGGACUCCGACAAAGUGGUCACCUGCACGGGUUACCACCAGGUGCACGUGUUCGACCCCUCGUCUCCUCAGAGGCGUCCUGUCCUGGAGGCGGAGUACGGCGAGUACCCGCUCACCGCUAUCUCUCUGACGCCUGAUGGCACCGCGGUGGCGGUGGGCAACACCCAGGGUCACAUCGCCCUGCUGGACCUGAGGAAGGGCCUGGUGCGUGGCUGUCUCAAGGGGCUGGCGGGCGGCGUGAGGGGGCUUCAGUGCCACGCUUCCCAGCCAUUGGUGGCGUCCUGCGGCCUGGACCGCUUCCUGCGCAUCCACAGCCUGGAGGACCGCAAACUGCAGCACAAAGUCUACCUCAAGUCCAGUCUCAACUGCCUCCUGCUCGCCAGCCAAGACCUGCAGGAGGGAGGGGCAACUGCAGGGGAGGCGGAGUCUGAGGUAAAGGAGGAGGAAGACGAAGGUGAUGAUGUGUGGGACGCUAUGGAGCGGGUGGAGGAGAGGCAGAAGAGGAAAACGACAGAAGACAAAGAGACAACGAAGAAGAGGAAGAAGGCACAGGACUGAGAGGCAUUUGAGGUUUUAGAGGACAGUGGGACGUUUAACCGCUGUAGCUGGGGGCUUGUAAGCAGCGUUUAUUCAGACUGGAGGCCUUAACUUUUAUUUUGAAAAGCUUCAGGUACUGGGUAGAUGUUUCUCACCUGUGAACAGGUAGAGUCUGCGUCUGCCUGGGGAGACAAAUGUAUGAAUGCCCUAAAACGUCUUUGUUGUUUUUUUAUGAUUGUAAUUAUUGAAAAUACACGUGUAAUUAUGAUUAAAGGAGUCUCUGCUUCCUGUGUCUGAUCAAAGAAGUUAAAUGUGCUGACAGAGCAUCUCAGCUCCUGAGGAAAAACUGCAGCAGAGGAGAAAACAGUGGAAAAACAAUCCAGUUUUAAUUCUGUGCAGGGCGCUCAAACAUGCGGCCCAGUGGAUAGGAAUGUGGGGGGAAAGGAGAGCCUCCAGUUUUUCACUGUUUUGUCCUUCUGACCUGUCAGGGUUCACAGCCUUAAUGCUAACAGAUAUUACCCAGACCAUUUAAAUAACAGAAAUGAAAUUGAAAUGAAAAACUUCCUGUUUUUCAUUUCAAUUGAGGAACUCAAUUUGAGGUUUUUAAGCGAUAAAUCUACCCGUCUGACCCACUCAGGAUCAGAGCUGUGUGUGGCUCAUCGGUCAGUGAACGCAGCCCGAGCUGCUCCUAUUAAAGGUGCGUUCACUGGCAGCAGCUGCAGGUCUGAGCAGCACACAGAACUUGUUUUCAGUGUCUGAUGGAAACAUGGGAGGAACUACAGUACUGUGCAAAAGUCCUGAGUCAGCAGCAUUUGUUUGUGAUUGGC